GGCGAACAGGAGGAACGCGCAGGAGUGGCUGAUCCUCCAACCAAUCGAAAUGAAGGAGGGGCGGGGCCUGGCCGUGACUGGAGCAUGCGCAGUGCAGGAUAUUAGAAACGGAGGAUUUACAAACAGAAAUCGCAAACCAAACAUUACAUCCAGACCUGACUUGAUUUAUGGGAGCUCAAUAUCAUCAGCCUUUGAACUAGAAAGAGAAAUGUUUGUUCUGUCUGCUUCAACAGAUUUUAAACAUCACUGUGUCUGGAAAAUCACCAAGAAGCUCGCGUACACACACAUGUGAGAGAGUUCCAAUGCACUGACUGUGGAGGAAACUUUAACCAGAUACACAGACUGAAGAAACAUUGCACCAUUCACAGCCGGGAGAGACCGAACACGUGUACCGUUUGUGGAUGAGGCUUCAGUUAAACAUCUUACCUCAAGGAAUGCAAGGACACCCGAACCAUGGAGAAACCAUGCAGAUGUGGGGAAUGUGGGAAGGGAUUCCGGUCCCCAUCUGCGCUGGAAUCUCAUCGCCGCAUUCACACUGGGGAGAGGCCAUUUACCUGCUCUGAUUGUGGAAAGGGAUUCACUCAGUUAUCCCACCUGCAGAUACACCAGCGACUUCACACCGGAGAGAGGCCGUUCACCUGCUCUGAUUGUGGGAAGGGAUUCACUAACUCUUCCAAUCUGCGGACACACCAGCGAGUUCACACGGGGGAGAGACCAUUCACCUGCUCCAUAUGUGGGAAGGGUUUCAGUGAUUCAUCCAGCCUGCUGAUACACCAGCGAGUUCAUACUGGGGACAAAUUAUUCAACUGCUCCGUAUGUGGGAAGCAAUUCAGUCGAUUAUGCAACCUUCUGCGACACCAGCGAGCUCACACUGGGGAGAGGCCGUUCACCUGCUCUGAGUGUGGGAAGGGAUUUGCUGAUCCAUCCAUCUUGCGGAAGCACCGGCGAGUUCACACUGGGGAGAGGCCAUUCAGCUGCUCCAUGUGUAGGAAGGGUUUCACUCAGUUAACCAACCUGCUGACACACCAGCGAGUUCACACUGGGGAGAGGCCUUUCAUCUGCUGUGAGUGUGGGAAGGGAUUCAGUGAUUCAUCCACCCUACUGCGACACCAGGGUGUUCACACUGGGGAGAGGCCGUUCACCUGCUCCGUGUGUGGGAAACGAUUCACUCGGUCAUCUCACCUGCUAAGACACCAGCAAGUUCAUCAGUGAUUACAGGGAUUGGAUUCUGCUGUGAUUGCUGCUGUCAAUCACAUUCAAGACUGAACCAUGUUCGUUCUGACAGUUGGUGAAGUGGGAGGGUCAGAGGGUUUCUUUCUGCUGUACUGGCCAGUCUUACAACUUUGUUUCCAGUGGUCUGGGAGUGCACAUUUCCACUGAAAUAAUCCACAGAAGCUGAUGAAGGUCAUUUAUUGCUUCAAAAAGAGACAUGCUCUCAAAGUUUUCAUAUUGCACUGAUCAGGACAGACACAAGAACACCAAAUUUCAAAGGGAGCAACUAUUUGUACUGCGUGAGAAAAGGGUGCUGAUUAGUUGGCAAGUCAGCUGUGAUUGGUCAAAUCGUUGCCAUGGAGAAUUCACCAGAAAGCUCGUGACCUCACCGUUUAGUUGAAUUCAAAAAUGUUGCAAUGCCUGGACAUGUCCAUUUUGGCUUCAGAGUAUCAGAGCUUUAUGAUGGUCCAAUGUCACUUCCCUGCUUUUUUACUCAAUAACCUGGAUUUUCAGAGUCAGAAAGACUCGCCUACCUUCAAAAAUCGUGGGUGGGACCCGGAUGCGGAAGUCCAAUUCCCAUUUUUCACAGAUCCAAUUUUUGCCAGUAGGGGACAGGGGCAGGGCUUGAUUCACACCCAAGUUGAAUCUGAACUCAGCAGAGCCAUCUGAACUCAGUGCUGAGUUCAAACAGGCACCAUUUUGCCUUCUGCAAGGGAGUUAACUCAUAGUGCGAAAGGCACAACUUUAUGGAGUAGACGUAAAGACUUGUUGGGUGGAUAGGGUCUGUUUAACUGUCAUGAUCGAAAGUCUUUUCUAAAUCCCCUGCUCUCCUGACUUUGUCUGCAGCUGUCAGUGUAAGUGAAAAAAAGUAGGCUAUACAAUGUAGCAUCAGUCCCAGCAGUUUCUGUAAUUGUUGGCAUUUCCCUAAGGGCUAUUUAUGAAUGCUUGGCUGACUUCCAAAACCUAUAGUCAUCUCAGCAGCUGUUCUGAGUCCACUCUUUGACAACCUAAAGAGACCAUUAAGGGUUUAGCUGCUUUUGAAGUGGUAUGGACAGAAGUAUGUUGGUUUUUAUACAAGAUUAACCAAAAGUUUUGAAUAAGGUUUCAAGAAUGGGAGUUUUGUUGAAAAAUAGUGAAGGCUGUUUUAGAUUUUUAGAACUUUAUUUUAUUUAAUCUCAACCUGGCUCCUGGGGUCUGCCCAUGGUGAAUAAUGUGAGUUGGGAUGAAGGGUAAAAGGGGCUAUGGGGGGGUCCAUGCCAGGGCAAGAGUUGGCAUGAGCUGGCAUGGAAUGUAUAAGGGCCUUGGGGAGGGAUGGGGGCUUGCAAUUGGCUCACUUGCGAUUAGUGAGGAAGAAUUGUGUUGGGCUGCUGCCCCUGGUGGGUGGGAAAUUAUUCCAAAUAAUCAUGUCUAUUAAUUUAUUUUUAAAACAUUCUCUUGGCAUGUGGGUGCCACUGGCGAGGACCAGAGAUUCCAAAAGCUUACAAUGCAACUGGGAUCAAGUCCCAGAGAAUGGAGGCGGGCCUUUUAACCAGCCCACCUCAGUGCUCGGGCAUCUUGUUAGCCGCCUAUGCUCCGAUUCAGGUCGCACAGCAACCAACUCCUUCCAUAACCGCCCACCUCAAAGCACCACCCCCCCUCCCCCCGCCCCCGAGUGGAGAUCACAACAUUUGGGAACAUUUAAACCAAGGCAGGUCCGGCAGUUGGAAAAUUUUUAGAUCCAAGCUAUCCACCUCGGUACCGAAGAUCCAACCCAAGCUCUCUAUUUCUGAAGCUCAAAAUCCCACAUGCUUUGCUAAUUCCUCUCUCACUGUGUCCUGCCACCUUCAAAGAUCUCUGCACAUGAAUCCCCAGGUCCCUCUGCCCCUGCUCACUCUUUGGAACUGUGCCAUUACAUGUGUGUUGCCUCUACCUGUCCCUUCUGCCAAAUUACAUCACCUCAACUUUCCCAGUAUUAAACCCCAUCUGCCACUUCAGAGAAUGUGAAGGGGAGAUUUAAGUGUUGAACUAAACAUACAGAGAAGAGGAGGCACUGAUAGCUUUAAUAUGUCACCCACAACUGAAGACCCUUUAAAUGCACAUGAGGCUCAUAGAGCACAGUAGGAGGCAAUUGGAGGCUCUUUGAAAGAGUUUUCUAAUUAUUCCCAUUGCCCUGCAAUUUUCUUUUUCUUUCAAGAAGACUGCAUGGCCAAUUGUAGUCAACAGCCUUCCUGUAGCUCUCUCAGGAGGCAGCUAGAAAGCAUUUGACUGCUUAACAAUAGCAACCUCCGCUGAACAUGAUUAAACCACAACAACAAAUCAUCCUGAUUUGUAUAGCACCUUUAAUCAUGUGCUUCACAGGUGCCAUUACUAAACAAAAUUUUUCACUGAGCCACACAAAGAGGUUAGUUCAGAUGACCAGUAGCUUGGUUUUAAGGAGUUUCCUAAAGAAGCACAAGAGAUCAAGGGGCAGAGAGGUUUAAGGAGGGAAUUCCAAAGCGUGGGACCCAGGCAGCUGAAGGCAAAGCCCCCAGUUGUUGUGCAAUUAAAAUUGGGGAAAUUGAAGAGGCUAGAAUUAGUGGAGCACAGAUAUCUGAGGGUUUUAGGGAUGGAGAUGAUUACAGAGAUGGGGAGAGAGGGAUGUGAGACCAUGUGGUGAUUUGAAAAAAAGGAUGCUGGGGAGGGAUUUGAGAAAAAAGAAUUUUAAAAUCGGGGCGUUGCUUGAGAGGGAGCCAGUGUUGGUCAGUGAGCACAGCGGGUGAUAGGUGAACAGGACUGAGUGUGAGUUGGGAGAUGGGCAGCAGAGUUUGUCGACUGAAGAAAACUGGUCCAGUUCUGUACAUUUCCCAUUUACACUACUUAGGGUCUAAGAUCGAGCUGAAAUCAAACCUUUCCAUUGGGAUUGCAUAAUCUGCUGAUGUCAUCGCAUUCUAUUGUGAUGAUGUCAUAAGAUUACAUUCAGCAUUUUUCUGAUUAUAUAAUCAGCUGACACGAGACUAUAUACUUUAUUGGGAGUGUGGGAUUAGCUGAUGCCUGUACAAUCCUUUACCUUUGCGCAGUAAGCAGAAACGAUCGUUUGUGUGAUUUCAUAAGUAGAAUUUUUAACUACAUUUUUAACUUACUUUUGAAUCCGGAAAUGGUCCGGAUCGUGAACAUUUACCACUAAAAUUAACCAAUUUGCUAGUGCAAGUGUAUGUGACUUUUCAGCCAUUUUGUUGUUCUUGUUUACAAUAAAUUGUUGGGGAGAAAAAAAUGUUAUUUCAACCAAUCUCCCAAUGUUAUCAAAUCCUUUUAAACAUUUGAAUAUUGCUGAAAAAAGAGACAUGCUGUCAAAGCUUUUCGUCUUGCACUCAUCAGGAUGGAUGCAAGAAUACCAAAUGUCAAAGGGAACAACAGUUUAAACUAUCUGAGAAACAUGGUGCUAAUUGGUUGUCAAGUGGACUCUGACUGGUUGAGGCAUUGCCAUGGAGAAUGCACCAGGGAACAGUUACCCCAAGCUUUUGUUCAAAUUCAGAAAUGGCAAGUUGAUUCUGAUUGGUUGAGAUGUUGCCAUGGGGAAUGCAUCAGGGAACAAUUGUCCCCCUAAUUAAAAAGGCAAAAUGCUUGGACAAAUUCCUUUUGUGUGCAGAAAACAGGGCCCAGUAUUUGAAUAUGAAAAAUCCAGUGCCUGGAUCCAGUUUGCAUGUUCACUACAUCUAAUCAUUUCAUCCAAUGGCCAUACCCUAUUUGUGUACCACGUUUUGUUCAAAU